GUUUUCAGAUUUAGCAAACACAAAAAAGCAACAGGUCACUGACGGGUUAAACAAAGUGUCUGUGAACUGACAACAAUUGUUCCACAUACCAGGCUCUCUCCCCUUCCCGUCGACCGUCAUUAUCACACAGUUAACAUCGUGUGUUGUCUGCUGCUGCUGCUGCUGCUACCUUUGUGAUACAGACAGGAAACCACACACAGAAAUUGUACACUUCAAGUAAGUUUAACAUGCACAUAUCCAGCAACACUAUUUUACUGUUCAAUACUGUAUUCUGCAAGUUUAAUUAGUGUCACGUGGUCAUCAAAUAGCAGAGUGAUAUUUAAUCACGUCACGAUUUCAAAAAUAUAUAUUUUAAAAAAUUGUCCAUUGUAUUUACGAUGAUGGUUUGUUUGCGUUUUUGUUCGGUGUUUCUGCGUUAACUUCUUGUGCAAGAUUAAUGUAUCUACACAAAGAACGUGACUAUAACCUUAGAAUGCUGCCACUUACCUGAAUGGUAUACAACAAAAAUUGUUUUCUUGUUUUUAUCUACUCACUCCAUACUUCAUCCAUUGCAACCAUUGCGUCUGUCUUAAGCGUCAAAUGUUUCUGCUCGAUAUUCCGUUGUUCCAAAGCUUCAGGUCACUUUUUCUUUAAAACAAGAUUGGGACGUUAUCUUUUUGCUCUAUUUCUUUAAAGUGGUGGGGAUAAUAAUUUUGUUUAGUGCUUAAACCCCAUUACUAAGUUGGUAGAGGGAAGGUUGGUUUCCAUGCCCUAAGAGGUUUAAGGAGAACCCAGGAUGUGAUUACUUGGAUGACUUCUUUUAAAAUUAUGUUAGAUAUAUCCUAAGUCCUAGGAUCAUUCAUCCAUUCCUGUGGCACUGAAGCUCAUGUAGUUCUUUGACCUGCCUUACCACUUCCUUCCCUUCAGACCAUCCAUUCCUGUGGCACUACAACAGCCCAUGUAGUGCUUUGGCCUGAAAAACAACUUCCUUCCGCUCAAACCAAUGCUUUUUUGUUUUAUGUUUGGAUUCACAGCUGCUCUAGGUCUUUUGCCACAUCAUCCAUUCAUCUAAGCGUAGGUCUGCCUUUGAUCCAUCCAUCUAAGCCUAGGUCUGCCUUUGAUCCAUCCAUCUAAGCCUAGGUUUGCCUUUGAUCCAUCCUUCUAAGCCUAGGUCUGCCUUUGAUCCAUCCAUCUAAGCCUAGGUCUGCCUUUGAUCCAUCCAACUAAGCCUAGGUCUGCCUUUCAUCCAUCCAUCUAAGCCUAGGUCUGCCUUUCAUCCAUCCAUCUAAGCCUAGGUCUGCCUUUGAUCCAUUCAUCUAAGCGUAGGUCUGCCUUUGAUCCAUCCAUCUAAGCCUAAGUCUGCCUUUGAUCCAUCCAUCUAAGCCCAGGUCUGCCUUUGAGCCAUCAAUCUAAGCCUAGGUCUGCCUUUGAUCAAUCCAUCUAAGGUUAGGUCUGCCUUUGAUCCAUCCUUCUAAGCCUAGGUCUGCCUUUGAUCCAUCCAUCUAAUCCUAGGUCUGCCUUUGAUCCAUCCAUCUAAGCCAAGGUCUGCCUUUCAUCCAUCCAUCUAAGCCCAGGUCUGCCUUUGAUCCAUCCAUCUAAGCCCAGGUCUGCCUUUGAUCCAUCCAUCUAAGCCCAGGUCUGCCUUUGAGCCAUCAAUCUAAGCCUAGGUCUGCCUUUGAUCAAUCCAUCUAAGGUUAGGUCUGCCUUUGAUCCAUCCAUCUAAGCCCAGGUCUGCCUUUGAUCCAUCCAUCUAAGUCUAGGUCUGCCUUUGAUCCAUCCAUCUAAGGCUAGGUCUGCCUUUGAUCAAUCCAUUUAAGGUUAGGUCUACCUUUGAUCCAUCCAUCUAAGCCUAGGUCUGCCUUUGAUCCAUCCAUCUAAGACUAAGUCUGCCUUUGAUCCAUACAUCUAAGCCUAGGUUAUGUUAUCUCAUCAUAUGGUCUUCAUAUGGUCUCAUUAUGUGAUCUCAUCAUAUGGUCUCAUCAUAUGGUCUUAUUAUCUGAUCUCAUCAUAUGGUCUCAUCAUAUGGUCUCAUUAUGUGAGCUCAUCAUAUGGUCUCAUCAUAUGGUCUCAUCAUAUGGUCUCAUCAUAUGGUCUCAUCAUAUGGUCUCAUCAUAUGGUCUCAUCAUAUGGUCUCAUCAUGUGAUCUCAUCAUAUGGUCUCAUCAAUGGUCUCAUCAUAUGGUCUCAUCAUAUGGUCUCAUUAUGUGAUCUCAUCAUAUGGUCUCAUCAUAUGGUCUCAUUAUAUGGUCUCAUUAUGUGAUCUCAUCAUAUGAGUUUUUGCCUUACUUAUGUUCUUAGCAUGGAUCAGUAAUAUCUAUGAUAAAAAUUAUGAAUAUAUUAAAUUUCUGAAAAUUCUAAUGCAUCUCUACAUUUAUCACUUUUAAUUUUGGUUUAUGCACAAAAUGUCUUACUCUUAAUUACUGGUAGGAAACAAUGUAAUACAUUAUUUUUACCAAAAUUUCAAACGAAUAGUUUUAAUGGACGACUUUUAAGUGACUGCAUCUUUUGUGGUACAAUUAAUUUUGUUUCGUAUGUUUUGUUCAUUUCCCCUUUUUGAGCAUUAGGGUCCAUGAAAAUGGAAUAAGCAAAUUUUAGUUGACCUAUAUUUCUUUGGAAUAAUACCGCAUUUUACAUUACUAAGUAAAUAGUGCAAAUAUUUGUAUUUUUAAACUUUCUUACACUUAUAAAAAAAUAAUUUAUGGGAAAGAAAUAUUUUUAAAAAUUGAAACAUGUUAUUAAAGUCUUUUUUACCAACUGUGAAAAUGUGGGAUUUACUUGGUUAGUGCCUUGCAAUUGAAUUAACCAAUCAUUUAUUAUUUUUGAACGGUAUAGACUUUGAUGAGACAUGGCUAAAGCCCAGGUUUGGAAGCUGAAGACAGAUUUUGAUGGGAUUCCUAAAGAAGAAGACUUUGAGCUGGUUGAAGAAGAUCUGUUAUCGCUAAAAGACAAUGGUGGAUAUAAUUUUGUUUUUACUAGCUUUGUAUCUGAAUGAUAUUUUGUUUUUUAAAUUCAAAACACACAUCCUAUAAUUUAUAAUUAGUUUCUGGGACAAAGUGUUUCUUUAUUUAUGUAAUUUAUAACAUAAACUUAGUUAUUAUUGCUUAUUGUAACAAUAUAGGCCAACUCAGGGGUGGGCUGGGGAGUUCAAGCGGCCCGGGAAAAAAACAAAAAGCAGCCCUAUUUUCAUGACUUUUAUUUGUAUUAUAUCACCGGUCCUAGCGGCCCAUUAUAUCACCGGUCCUAGCGGCCCAUUAUAUCACCGGUCCUAGCGGCCCAUUAUAUCACCGGUCCUAGCGGCCCAUUAUAUCACCGGUCCUAGCGGCCCAUUAUAUCACCGGUCCUAGCGGCCCAUUAUAUCACCGGUCCUAGCGGCCCAUUAUAUCACCGGUCCUAGCGGCCCAUUAUAUCACCGGUCCUAGCGGCCCAUUAUAUCACCGGUCCUAGCGGCCCAUUAUAUCACCGGUCCUAGCUGGCCAUCGGGAAUCUUCCCGUUGCCCUGGCGGUCCAGUCCACCCCUGGGCCUACUCCCAUUAUUUUGAAAGGUGGCUCCCAUCAAAUGAGUCAAAGCGUAACACUUCAUAAUAUUAUUCUUUUAAUAACCUCUUCAUGCUCCUUCUUUAAAUUGUCACUUUACAUUAAUUUUUUUCCUAGAAAUUUUAGUCCAAGCCGUUUACCUGAGUCUUAACCCUUAUUUUAGGUACGUGUUUCUCUUGUUUGUUAUAUUUUUUUUUUGAAUUUUUUCCCUUUAAUAAAAAUUGUAACAAGAGCAAAAAGAAAGUAUAUACCGUCCAAAACUAUUUUCAACUCUUAAAAAGAUGUCAAACUUCUUGUGAGGAUCAGUUCCUUACCAAAUAACUUUUGUCUUAUCAGACCUUGUCUUUGUCUUAUAACACCUUGUCUUUGGAAAGGGAUUUUCAUUUAGAGAUUCACAUGGUUUUUAAAAGCCCAUUUAUGUCCUUUUAGUUUAAAGUAAAUGAUUUAGUUUCUAUCAAUCAAUUUAAUCUUCUUUCUUGCAGAGUUGUUGCUUCUGUUCAAAAGGAUUUACCAGGAGAACAGGUUGCAAAGUAAACUAACUCUACUCUAUAACUUAUAACAAAACUAGAAAAUGUUUUAAAAAAUUAACAUGUUAAAAAUAUCAGACAAAAAAUUUUCAGAGUACGAUUUCUUUUAUUCAUCAUAUCAUUAGUCUCAGUCAUCAUAUCAUUAGUCUCAGUCAUCAUAGCAUUAGUCUCCGUCAACAUAGCAUUAGUCUCAGUCAUCAUUGCAUUAUUCUCAGCCAACAUAGCAUUAGUCUCAGUCAUCAUAGCAUUAGUCUCAGUCAUCAUAGCAUUAGUCUCAGUCAUAAUAUCAUUAGUCUCGGUCAUCAUAGCAUUAGUCUCAGUCAGUCCUCUCCUGUAAAUCAAAUGUCACUUGCUCAUCCACGCAGCUGUCAGCAUGCAACAGCUGCCAUAUCCUGGGCAACGGCUUACACUAGCCGGGUAAACCAGGUGUGGGUAGCUGAUGGGCUUCAAGCACUUAGUGAUUUUGGUCUGCCUACCAAAUGCAUGCAAAGACUGAACGUCGACGGAUCCUGCGUAAGAAACCAUUUAGGUUCAACGAAGGUGAAGGCGAUUACAGCAACGCACCGUGGAGUGCGUAGAGCAAGAUGAGGCACGUAGAACAUCUUGGUCAUCCACUGCAUCCGUACCAUUUCCGGUCGUCUUGACAUAGUCUUGCCACUGGACACGGUGGGUCCGGACGAGAGAGUUAGGUUGACGCUGCGCAACUCUUCCUCACUUUAAACAAAAUCACCCGCGCAAGUCAUCAGUCAUCCAACUAUACUCAUCAUCCCAAGUCUCGUGGCGACAGGCAGGCUCUCCUAAAUGCAUGACGAAUGGGCAAGAAUAGGUGCCCAAAAGAAUGCCUGCUCCUUCACACACUAGCCGACUUUGAAAUUGUGUUCAAUACGCCGUCCAUCAUUAAUGAUGAGGCCAUUUAAAGACUCCCCCAGGUCCCAACAAACAAUUCACUGGAUGCCGUCCCAACUUUUAAUGAGAUACAGACAGCGAUCCGCCAAAUGUCCAAUGGCAAAGUACCUGGCCCCGACAUGAUUCCUGCCGAAAUCUACAAGGAGGGUGGACCAGGGCUGACGGAUUAGCUAUUGCGCUUAUUCCAAAUCAUCUGGCAGACGGAAACUGUACCACAAGACCUCAAGGAUGCUUCAAUUAUCCACCUGUACAAACACAAAGGAAACCGCCAGGCCUGCGACAAUCACCGCGGAAUUUCACUACUGUCCAUUCCAGGCAAGAUCUUGGUCCGAGCCCUUCUGAGCCCCGCUGAAUGCACAUCUGGAGCUAGGUCUCCUACCCGAAAGUCAAUGCGGUUUCCGCAAAAAAACGCAUAACCAUCGAUAUGGUGUUUGCUGCUAGACAGCUUCAAGAGAAAUGCCAGGAACAAAAUACAGACCUAUAUUCUACAUUUAUCGACUUGAAUUAGGCCUUUGACAGGGUCAAUAGAGGUGGCUUGUGGAAAAUCAUGAAUAAAUACUGAUGCCCAGACAAGUUCACCAUCAUCAUCCGUCAGCUGCAUGAUGUCAUGAUGGCCCGAGUGCAGGACAACGGUCAAUCAUCUCAAGCAUUUCCCGUCACAAACGGUGUAAAGCAGGGUUGUGUUCUUGCUCCCACACUCUUCAGUAUUAUGUAUUCUGCAAUUAUGUCUGAUGCGUUUAAGGACUCCACCACGGGCUUGCCAAUCCGGUUUCGUACUGAUGGAUCAGUAUUUAACCCUAGGAGGCUUCAAGCUAAAACCAAGGUCAAACAUACCACGAUCAACGAGCUUCUGUUUGCAGACGAUUGUGCCCUCAACGCUUCCUCAGAAGCCGUCAUGCAACACAGCGUUGAUAUCUUCUCUGAGGCCUGCAAUAACUUUGGCCUCACAAUCAACACAAAGAAGACUGAGAUGAUGUAUCAGCCAGCUCCCAGUAAGCACUACGUUGAACCCAACAUCAUCAUCAGUGGACAGUUUCUCAACCCGGUGGAUAAAUUUACUUACUUGGUCAGCACCCUCUCUAGAUCCGUCGUCAAGGAUGAUGAAAUGAAUGGCAGACUUGCAAAAGCUAGUGCAAUAUCUGGCAGGCUCCGCAGCACUGUUUGGGACAGGAGAGGUAUCAGACGAGAAACAAAGCUCAAGGUCUAUAGCGCAGCAGUCCUCCCGACACUGCUCUAUGGAUGUGAAACGUGGACAGUCUACUAGAGUCACGGCAAGAAACUGAAUCAUUUUCACACUACCUGCCUCAGGAAACUCCUCGACAUCAGGUGGCAAGACAAAUUCCCCGACACCGAGGUCCUCGCUAGAGGGAACCUACCUAGUAUCUUCACCACUCUGAUGCAGUCUCAGCUCCGUUGGAUGGGACACGUAGCCCGUAUGGAAGACCACCGGCUCCCGAAACAAUUAUUCUUCGGAGAACUCACAAUAGGCAAGCGCUCCCAAGAAUAACCACAGCUGAGACACGCAGGCUUGUCCGAAAGAGCAACAUUAGGUCACCGUCUGAAGCAACUAUUCCAUGCCCACGGUGUCUUAGAUUAUUCCUAGCAAGGAUCGGUCUAGCAAGCCACCUACGAGCACACCGUAAUCCCAACCUCCCCCUAACCGGAUGACUCGAUGGUCCUAGUCGACUUCGACGGACGAACAAAAAAAAAAAAUCUCAGUCACCAAAGCAUUAGUCUCAGUCAUCAUAGCAUUAGUCUCAGCCAUCAUAGCAUUAGUCUCAGUCAUCAUAGCAUUAGUCUCAGUCAUCAUAGUAUUAGUCUCAGUCAUCAUAGCAUUAGUCAAUAUUUCAUGCCACAGGAUAAUUGAGAGCAAAGCCACUGAUUUCCCAGUGGGCUCGUUGGUUUGUGUCCAUGCUGGCUGGAGGUCUCACACAGUUGUUGAUGUGACACUGGCUCGAGGUUCAGGAAACAGUGUCGAACUCAUCCAGGAAGUGCCAGAGUUAUCGCUAUCUCUCUGGUUAGGGGCAGCUGGAAUGCCAGGGUAAGUUAUUGUAUUUUGUUUUUUAUCUUGAAAGUUAUUUGAAGAUUAUGUCAGCCAGAACAAUCCUUUAAGAGCAUCAUGUCUUAAAUAAAUAAGUUACCUAUUAUUCAAUCAUAGUGACGCAUUUUAGCAUACAAUUUAUAGACAGUGAUUCUCAAGCUUUUCUGAUUACAGAACAAUAAAUUAUUCAAAACUUUUUGUGGCACAUUCUGAAAAAGAGUGCAUUUUUGGUGGGGUAAAAGUUAUUUAUUUUAUCAUAAAUUCUUGUCUUUAAGAGCGUAUCAAUAAUAUCAUAUUGCACAGAGAGUUUGAUGUCAUCAAACAAGUUUACAUUUUGUUAUCGAUUCAAAGAAGUCUUGAGCUUUUUGGAUUUGACUCAGUCAAUGCCGAGAAACAGAAUUUUUAAAAAACCACUAAGCUGCAGAUUACUUGAGAUUGCUUUUGAAGCUAUUGCAGGAUAUGAUAUCUUGAUGGAAAUCCAAAACUCAUCCAAGCUGGGCUCAUUAAUUUUAACUGAUGAAAUGUAUUCAUUCUAAACUGAGUGAACAUGCAAUAUCUGAUCUUAGUUCUUCUUUCUCAGUUGUAAGAUGUGUUGAUUCAUUGAGUUCAAGUGGAUUCAUCACCCAUCCAUGUUCAUCAAUGACAACUGAUGGGAAAUAGAUGGGAAGUGUUAACUCUAUCACCCAUGGUGCUUGAGAUUUUCUUGAACAGUUUUCUUUUUAACUGAUUUUCAUUAAGUUUUGGGAAACAAUCCAGGAUUCCUUUUAAAGUUUUGCUCUUCAUCAACAUAUUUUAGCUUUGAUGUUGAAGUAAUAAUAUUUUCUGAUGGACCUUGACUGUUAUUUAAUUUUUUUUCAGAGUGACUGCAUAUUUGUCUUUCCUUGAGAAAUGCGACCCAAAGUCAGGAGAGGUCAUUGUGGUGACUGCUGCAUCAGGAGCUGUAGGGGCAACUGUUGGACAACUGGCCAAAAAUUUAGUAAGUAGUGUAUUUGUAGGUCUCACCCAAUACCCUAUCACAGUGGUCGACAAAUCACGGCUUGCGAGCCACAUGCAGCUCUUUUUCGACCUGAGUGUGAUUCGGACAUUUGGACACAAAUCAGCUUUGAAUCCAAAAAAAAUGGUUCUUGACAGGUUCUUGAAAAGAAAUUUGGCGCUCAAAUUUUUAAUCAUCCUGCAGCUAACUUUUGGCUCUUUUAACCAAUAAGUUUGCCGACCACUGCCCUAUCACAUAACAAAGUAAAUGCCAUAUCAUGUAACAUACUUGUAUAUAUUUUUGUUAUAUGUGUGUCUGUGAGAGAAACUAAAAAAAAGCAGCUUUAGUAUUCAAUUAUAGACGCUUAUAGAUAUUCAUUUCACCUUUAGGGUCUGACAGUGAUUGGGAUUGCUGGUUCUAAAGACAAAUGUGAAUACAUCAAGUCACUAGGAUUUGAUUACGCCAUCAACUACAAGGAAGACAAUAUGUCUGAUGCCCUGGACAAGGCUGCACCAAAUGGUGUAGAUAUUUACUAUGAUAAUGUAGGUUGGAUUUGAUUUUUUAGAAUAUAGGAGCUAAAAUGUUUUUACACCAUACAUUUCUAGAUUUUAAAAUAACAGUUUUUAUUUAAUCAAUAAUACAAUCUAACCUCAGGGGAAGUGUUUUUUUAUGUUCAUCAAAUUUUAAAGAUGCCUUUAUUUGCAAUGGAGAGCAACACACCUUUGUUACGCACUGACUUGUAUUGGGAGAAAUUAAUCUCCUAUUUUAAUUUUAAUUGGCACGUUGUUACCAGUGCCUAACAAAGGACGAUACCAUAGAAUCAACAAUAUUAAAGAUAUGACCCAAAACAGUUUCUAGUUACAAUUAAUAAGAUUUAUUAAGUCUAAAGAUAAUUACAAAAGAAAAGAAAAUAUAAUGACAAUCUUCAACUUACAGUAUGGCAGAUCUCGUACCGGUACACAAUUAAUACAGUUAGAAAUAAUGUGCCAAUAAAUAAUGCGAAAUAAACACAUUUGAGCACACAAAUACAUAAAGAAUAAAACACGCCUCGUAAUGUUAAGAAAAUCUAUCUGAAAAAUCUCCGUCCUUCGUAUCUGUCAAUCCUUUAUAUACAUGUAGCGUAAGACGCUUCCUGAAGGACCUAUGACGUGUUGUUUACAUAUCUCGGGUUAAGGAGUACAAUCGAGAAGUUACCCGGAGACAUUCUACCCAAUGCGUAAUUGGAAGCCGAUUGUAAACAAGCUACUUCAAAGAGAUUUAGCCACGCCCACAACAGACGUUACUGUCUGCUAGGAGUGUACUACGGAGGUCGAGGAAAGUUUACGCACAGGAAAUCGUGCUACAUAACACCUUAAUCAUCAUAUGCAAUUACUGAAGUCAUUUUCAUAUUUAUUUUUUUUUUUUUUUGCUUGUGCUUUGGUACCUAGUGUUUUUAAUUAUCUUCAGUUUAACUUGUUUUAAAUGUUAAUGCACUACUGGUAAAUAAGGACAUUCUUAAUGGUAACUGACCUAGAUGCUCAAUGAGCUGUAUGUAUGUAUUGCAUGAACUGUAUGCAUUAUAUGCAGUAACACCAUAAUAUACAUUAAAAUGGGGUUUAUGCAGAGGUUUAUUUAUCCACAGGUUGGUGGGACUAUAGCUGACACAGUUUAUGGCAAACUAAGAGACCAUGGCAGGGUUUUGAUUUGUGGUCUCAUCUCUAAUUAUAAUACUUCAGAAGAGAAGGGUAAUAUUUAGUUGAAUAAUUAACAUGAAGCAUUCCAUUGCUUUUUGUUCUAUUAAUAAUAUUUUUUAAAAAAUAAUAAUUAAUAUAACCAAGAUAACUUAAAUAAAAAUAAUUAAAAUUAAUUUUUAGCUCUAUAAUAUUCAUAGUGAUAAAAUUUGAUAUGGAAUAAUUUUUUUCAGGCAAAAACUGGAGUAAGGAUAUUUUGUUUAAAAAGCUUAAAAUCCAAGGCUUUAUAGUAUAUGAUCCUGCGAAUUUAGCUAAGUUUUCUACGACAAGAAAUGAGCUUAUUUCUCUUCUUCUGCAGGUAAUUGUCGCUUAACACCAACUUUUUCCAAUAUCAGUCACCCCAUUUUAAUCUGGACUUAAUUUGCAAGUUUGUGGGGGGGGAAGGGGGAGGACAGAGUUAAGUCAAAUAGGAAAAGUUUGAGAAAUGCAGAACAUUCUAGCCUCUUAAUUAUUUUAUUUUUAAAAGUCUAGAUCAUCUAGCUGAACAACUGAUACAGUGAUUAAUCAAACAAAUUAUCAACAAUUGAGUAAUUUCCACAACUAGUUGUGUAUGUAUUUCAAUAGACAGCAAAAUGAUUGGAAUAAGUUUAUUUAUCUUUUAAAAAAUAAUUUUCAGUCUGUUAAAAAAAAGUAAUUUACAGUGCUUAAGUUGAAUUUUAAGAAAGUGGUGAGUACCAUAAUAUGAUAUGAGUACUUUAGAUGUUUAUAAUGUGGUGUGUACCAUAAUAUGAUAUGAGUACUUCAGAUGUUUAUAAUGUGGUGAGUACCAUAAAGUGAUAUGAGUACUUCAGAGAGAUUUAACUACUCAUAUCAUGAAUAUUAUAUUUAUAAAUUAUAAUAUCUGGGAACUGGAUGUCAUUACUCCUGUUAUUUCAUGUUUCAUUCUGUCAGAAUAAUUUUGUUCCAGGGAAAGGUGAAGGCCAAAGAACACGUGACAGAAGGCUUUACCAAAAUGCCAGCUGCUUUCAUUGAAUUGUUCACUGGAGCAAAUUUUGGCAAGGCAAUUGUUAAGGCUUGAGAUCUUUGUAAUAAUGUAUCAAAUGAACGGAUGAGAAAAUAUUACAUGUUCUCAUUUGUUUUUCAUUUACUUCAAAUUUUAAUUUUUCACAAACAACAAUUUUAUCAUACCUUUUAUUUUAUUUUUUUUCUGCUUCUGCUGGAAUUCAAAGUAAUUUAUAGGUUUAUAAAACCAUUUUGUAUUUAAACUUUUCUUACUUAAUUUUUUAUUAUACUAAACUCAGUUUUUUUUUUUAAAUGCACAUUCUCUCUAAUUUUGUGCAAUAAAAAUGUUAAUUUAUCUUAAUCAUCUGUGUUUGAAAAUAUUGUGUGUAAGUUUUGAACCAUUUAAUUUGGAUACAAUGUGUGUAAGAUGGAUACAAUUAAAAUUAUGAAAGAAUCAAUUUCAAUAUCAGGGUUUUGAUUGUCAUAAAGCUUUUUUAUCAAUUUUAGUGACAUAAUUUAAGAUACAGGAGGUAUGUUCUUUUUAUAGCGGCGUGUUGUGUGCAAUUGUGUUUAGUGUUUGUAUGUGUUUAAGUUUGUGGGAAAUUACAAAAUAGAUAAUAAAUGUUGUUGUUUAUUUACUUUUGAAUAAAUAUUUU